GCGAAGCCGUCUGUCAACGUGACACUUGACUGACAGUGAUUGCAUUGAUUUUUCGUGGACUUUUGAGGUUAGACUGUGUUGGUUCUAAAGUAAAGUAAUAAUUAAGAUAAGUGUAUUAUUGUAAGCAGGAGAAUUAAGUGAGCAUCGCCAGGAGUUUCGGAAUAACUGGUUCUUAUUUAAGACCCCAAAUAAAUAAUAUUAUGGAUGAAAUGGACGAAAUUGUUGCUAAACUUAAUAUUCCAACAUACAAUCUGAAAAGUGAUAAACUACAGUCUGUGAUGUUAAGAAUACAACAGAUUCGUGUGAAGCAGAUCACUCAACACAACUGGAAGCCAGUUCUGGAUUUGCUAUGGCAACAUUUAAUAAAUGGCCUGGAAAAUUAUGAUGAUCAAUUACUAUGUGCUACAAGUUUCUUUACAGUUUUGUCUGUAACUGAAAAGCAGGAAAUAUACUUAAAUAAAGUCUUAGUAUAUUUUGAAGAGAAAUGGGACAGUAGUAAUUAUGUGAAAACUUCAUUCCUCAUAUCACUUAUGUAUGGAAUGUAUCAGUCAGCAUUUCUACAAAAAACACCUGAGACUGGUGUUAUAGUAUCAGUGACAGUGACAACAUUCAAUAUCCUGACUAAACUGGCUUACGACUAUGCAUGGUACACUUUUCUGGUCUUUAAAACAAUUAAUUCAUUCAAGAAAGUACAUGGUACACAUAUGCAGGAACAUAUAUUUAAUACUGAAAACCAGAUAAAACUGCUAAAUUUGGUGAAUCAUAACUGGGAGAAUCCAAUCACAGGAGUGAGGGAUCUAAACAAAACAAUAUUUCAGACAUUAAUAUCUGUUAUGGAACCUGAAGUUUAUGAACUUGUAAUUGUAGAAAUAAAUGGCUUUUAUUGGAAUAAAGCAAAAUACUUGAUGUUAUCAGAGACAAUAGAAGUGAAAGGCAUGACUACACACAAUAAAAUGGACUGGGUUCAUGGCCUAGUGAACAGUCUUUAUAAACCAGGUUUAGUGUCUGCUGGUGCUGACAUGUAUUUUGCUAUACUGAAGAAUUUGAGAUCAGACCAAGAUUGGUGCGAUUUAUUUUUGGGAAAAAUAAUUGGCAUUUUUACUGGCAGAACAGAAAAAGCUAUUGAAAAUUUUACUAACUACUGGGGUUUGACUACUUUCAAAAAAUUCCCUCUGUUGGUAGACAUUCUGCUGAAAGAGUUAAACAUUACUGAUGGAGAUUCAAGCAAUAAACUUUAUAGCUUCCUUUCUAUCACAAAACAAGCUAACAAACUUGGCUUGUGGAAAAGGAAUAUGAUAAAUGAAAAAGAAAUACCAGAAAUUAUGGAAGGAUUGCAACAUCAUAGAGUGAAUAUCAGAAUGUCAGCAUUUGAGAUUAUCUGUGUAUCUCAAGGGAAGGCAGUGCCCAGUGACACAGAAUUUAAUUCAGUCUAUGAAUAUCUGCAAUAUAACAUCAAUUCAGACUCGACUGUAUUAAGGCUGAACAUGCUGAGCAAUUUUAAAUUAUUCUUGACAAGAAUACACACCAGCCUGCAUGAUUUUUACUCUCCAAAAGAUUCAUUUAAUGAAACAUGUCUAGCCCAAUUUUGUGAAGAUAUUCAACAGUUAGUCAUAUAUUCUUUGAACUUGAAGGGAAACUAUCAAAGGAAGAUAUCAUCACUCAAAAUGUACGAUUGCAUUCUGUCAAACUUUACCGAAAUACCUAAAAGGAAGCAGAAAAUAAAGUCGACUAACCAGUUUACUACAGCUAAAGUAUUGAAACAGGAAGGACGGUGGAAAUUAUCAAAUGAAGCUCAUGUUUUAAAACUAAUAAGUAUGCUUCAAGACCCCGCUGAUGAUGUUAGAGAAAGUGUAAUAAAUAUAUUAUACAAACAUUAUUUUUACGAGAUAAAAACACAUUUGAGUGAAAUAAUAAAUUCCGCACUCUUGAGCUUGAAGAGCAAAUUCUUCUAUGAAAUAAGCUGUGGUCAGAGCAUGAUCAAGUUAGUAGUAAAUGUUUUGUUAAAAGAAAAGCAACUGGAGGGCACUUUUCAAAGUGUUGAAGGCGUAUUUCUGUAUGGCUGUGAAGAGUUAAAUUCAGAAUAUAAAUUGAAAACAAAUAUCAUGGAGUCGAUAGAAAAAGGAAGGCAACUUCACUCUUUCAUAAGCAUUAUUAUCACGGUCUUGGAAGUUUGUCUUGAAAAGACGUACCAACUUCAGGUCAAUGAAACUGUUAUUUUAGAACUGUUAAAAACUUUGGAUGGAAUCUCUAACCAGUUCGCUUGGGACGGAGAAGGGUCAAUAAGCGCAGAUUUCUCUAAAAUGAGCAGCGUCGUUGAUGACUUGAUCCAGCAGUCAGGGUACAAUCCGCAAGAUGAGAUUGAUAAAAGCAAAAUAUCUGGUUUGCAUCAGAUUGUACUCAAUUCUAUGUGGCUAAAUGUGAAGGCAUGCUGUGAACUGUCCUCACUCAUCAUCCGAUACCAUCACGAGGAUUCUCACGCCGAUAUUUGCGGGAAGUCUUUGAGUAUCAUCACGCACGUCCUAGAAACAUCGAGACACAAAGGAGCUAUAGAAGCUGCGGGUGCUGCUUUAGGACUAAGCAUUCGGCAUUUGACGAGCCUGCCGAAAGAGUCAGUGCUAUCGCAGUUGCCGUACAGCCUACUGAAACGCAAGCUAAAUGAGCUGAUAUCUGAGGCCGGCAAGAUGGCGUCCAUCACCAGGAGAGGGGCUGGUCUCUCCAUCAUGGUGCAUCGCAUUGUCGCCAGCGAUAUGAAGAAAGGAAAGCCCCUAUUCCACCAUUUCAUGAGGACAUUGCUCGCGACUUGCAACCGAACAGAAGAUAUGCCAGCCACUCUCACCAAUACGGACAUUGACAACGAGAAAGACUUGCCAAAAGCUAUUUACAUACAUUUCCUUACAAGGAUCGUAACAGACAGCAGUUUGGCCUCCGACAUGAUGCAUUAUACCGCUAGUUUAGGCGAACUGGCGUUCAGUAACCUCACUAGCAACUGCUGGCAAAUAAGAAACGCUGCUCUCCAACUAUAUGGUGCCCUGGUACCUAAGCUGAUUGGGCAGAGAAAAUCGUCGGGUCAGGAUGAAGAGACCAUCGCGACUGUGGCCUCCGAUGAAGUCAGAACACAUUUGCCUGAGUUGUGGCAAUACAUGUGCUCUCAGUUGAAAAGUAAAGACCGCACUGACAAUGUGCUAACUCACUCGGACUUAGUGCCUAUAUUGAAUAUGCUUGCUAACACAGCAGUAAGGUACAAUUUCGCACAUGAUAAGAAGAUAUCUGAGGAAUCCUAUGCAGAAAUGUUCAGAAAUCUUAUGUGCCUAUUGGGAAGCCCAAUCUACACUGUUCGAAGACUCACUGCCAGGUGCAUUUAUAAUAACUUUGCUUUUGAAGUUGUGCACACUGCCUUACAGGAACACAAAUAUAUGACUGAGAAUUACUUGCAUGGAUGCCUUAUAUUGACAUCUAUUUAUCGCAAACAAUUUGCAUCAACUAGUUUGUAUGAAACACAAUUUGGCGAAUUGGAAGAGUUAUUUACAAAAGCAAUGGAGGGCAAAAAUACUUCGUUUAUAAAUAAAGCAAUCUUUGAUGAGACUUUCUGUAAGGAAACAAAUAUAGUAGAAGUUUUUGACGAACUUGGAAAGAACAAGCAUGCACCUGGGAUUCACUUGUGGGUAAAUAUGCAUGUGAAGAGGCUUAUAAAUGAGUCUAAAUGGGAAGAUAUUCCUGCCAUUUUACAAAUGUUACUGAAACAGACUGAUAUGGAAGAUUAUUGUGAAUAUUUGUAUCUGAGGAUUACAAGGGAGAUGGAUGAAUCUAGGAAUGUUGUGCAGGAAAUAAGUGAACAUCUUCUCAAGUUUGAAAAUGCCUAUAAUAGUUGUGUGGUAUGGAAAAUCCUUCAUAAGAUAUCAUCAAAGAUCACUGUUGAUAAAGAAGAUGCAGCCAAACUGGUGCAACAUCUCAGUAACAACCCUGUUCCUUAUAGAAUAAGGUUUAUAAUUCCAUUUAUGGCUUCAGUUAUUCAAUCAGUUGAAGAUAAAGUUUAUGUGAAAUUGUUGGCUGAACAUAUUUUUGCACUUACUGAGCAAGAUUGCGAAAUGAGAUACAUAGCAGCUUUAGCCACCAAUGAAUUGGGCAAAAACAUCAGCUGUUUGUCAGAUGAAGUCAAAAUAGUAGCCAUAAAAACUGCAGUUAUUCUUCUACAAGAUGAAGAUGAAGAUAUAAGAAAUUUAAGUAUUAAUUUCUUUGGCCAUGUCGGGCAAAUCAAGGCAGCACCACACCCUGCAAUUACCAUUAAAAGGGUAAUGUCUGAAGAGUUCUUAUCAAAUGUACUAAAGGAACCAAAGAGAUAUAUUCCGAUUUUGCACCAUGACAUUAAUCUUGCCCUGUGUAGCUAUUCAAAAACUGGCCAAGAGAUUGACGAGUACAACCCUUUUGCACAUGAUUCCAAAAACAUUUACAUUGAAGUAGAUGUGAUCCAACAUUUCUUGGACAAUUUAAAACACAUUGAUGUUGAUUAAAUUUUUAAGCUGUA